AUUAAUAAACUAACAGUCAUUUUUUAUCAAUUUUUUUUCUCCGAUAGGCAUCGAUUACUAAAAGUGGCCAAGAAAAAACAGGCUUCGACAACUCGCGUCGUAGACGUCGGAGGAAAACGUAAUAAGAAAAAAAAUAGAAAAACCAAAAUAAAGAAAGAAAAAUGAAUAAGAUAUUCCUGCCCGGGGUUGCACUCAUCCUGGUCGUAGGUUGUGCUGUCGGGACUAUUCUUGUCGUCCGACAAAGUGGCAGUAGUGGUAGUGGUAGCAGUGAUACUGGGUUGAGCUCCCAGAACAAGGCCGUGACGGCGAUAUGCCAAGGCUCAGACAACAAGAAGGAUUGCGAAGAUACUCUUGGGACCGUCAAUUCCACGGACCCAAAAGAUUACAUCACCACGGCAGUGGCGAAAGUGAUGCAAAAGGUGAUAGGUGCCGCUAACAUGAGCGACAAGCUCGCCGUCGAACAUGGCUCCGGCGACAAAGGCGUUAAGAUGGCCAUUGACGAUUGCCAGGACCUGUUGCAGUCAGCCAUUGAUUCACUCGAGGCCUCGAACGCUAUGCUCAAAGGCGAUGACAUUAGAACCAUUGAGAAUAGGACCGAUGACAUCAAGAAUUGGUUGGCCAUGGUGUUAUCCUUCCAACAAUCAUGCUACGACGGGUUCGAGGCAGGCGGAGGCGAGAAGCAGGUAAGAGAUACACUGCACACAGAAGGUGGCCUGGACGACAUACAGAAGCUUACCGGAGUGGCACUCGAUGUUCUCGCCGGCCUAAACCAUCUGCUUUCUGCAUUCAACUUGGAUUUGACAGUGAAGGCUCCUUCUCGUCGUCUCCUGGAAGACGAAGAUCCCAGCUGGUUGCCCCAAGCAGAUCGCAAGCUCUUGGGAGCCAACCCUCCACCUCAACCCAACGCGGUGGUUGCGCAAGAUGGCAGCGGUCAAUAUAAAUCCAUCACCGACGCUCUCAAUUCAUACCCAAAGAACCAUCAAGGCAGAUACAUUAUCUACGUCAAAGCUGGAACUUAUAACGAGUACCCUCUUGUUGACAAGAAAAAGCCGAACGUUUACAUCUACGGAGAUGGCGCUACAAAAACCAUCGUCACUGGAAACAGAUGCGUCGAGCCCAAGAAGGAGUACAAGACCUUCAACAGCGCCACCUUUGCUAUUGCUGGAGACAUGUUCAUCGCCAAGGGAAUAGGAUUCGAGAACACGGCUGGGUCUGUAGGACAUCAAGCAGUGGCGCUGCGCACGCAAGCAGCACACGCGGCUUUUUACCAGUGCGCAUUCCGAGGUUUCCAAGACACCUUGUACGUGCAGGCGGGGAUUCAGUUGUUCCGCGAGUGUGAAAUUACAGGCACCAUCGACUUCAUUUUUGGCGCGUCGAGGACUCUGAUACAGAAAUCAAAGAUCAUUUUGAGGAAGCCGAUGGAGAACCAGCAGGACAUAGUGGUGGCAGACGGUUCCAUCAACCCUAAGGCAGGGACUGGAGUGGUGAUUCAGAACAGCGAUAUCAACGCAGAGCCUGGGCUCGACAAGGUUGCCAAUCCUUGCUAUUUGGCUAGGCCAUGGAAGGCGUAUUCUAGGGCCAUCUUCAUGGAGAGCACUCUGGGUCCUAUUAUUCACCCGGAUGGCUAUCUUCCUUGGCAAGGCGAUUUGUACUUGUCAACCUGUUACUUUGCUGAGUAUGCCAAUACUGGACCUGGCUUUAGUCCUGCCACCAGGGUCAAGUGGGGUCGAGGCCAGCUUACAAAGGAUCAAGCUGCCGUCUACACUGCCACCCAAUACCUUGAAGGUUUGGGUCAGCCAUGGUUGGCUGCCACCGGUGUUCCUUUUGAUCCUAGCUUCACCAAAGCUUAGACGUACGCCUGUUCCAACCUUGUUUCUUAUGAUGCAAAUAACAAAUUCUUUGUCUGGCUAGUUAGUUACUUUUCUUCUUGUGGGUCCCCUCCCCCUCGUGGGGAAGAGAGAUUGUAGUCGCCACAAGGUAGAACUGCUACUAGUGUUGCACCUACAAUUGUAAGCUUUUGUUUACUCAUUUUCAUUCAUUAAUUAAUUUAUUUGUUUGUAUUUUCAUAUUUUAA